ACACACGUACAUUGUUCUUUAUUGAAAUUAUAUAAUAACGAAUAAAUAAAUAAACGUAUAAAUUCGAAAAUCAAUUCAACGAAUCGAUAAAAUAUAUUUUUGACCGAAAAUUUUCAUCGAUAUGCACUUCAGUCGUGAUUCACCCGUGUUUAGGAUGUGUGUAUAAAAAUGUGUAACAAGUGGCUUGUGUUAUGGUCACUAUGGGCCUGUCAGUUUGUCCGCCAGCCGACUCUACCAGUGCUGGUGUCGAAUGGAGUGCUGAGAGGGUCUGUCGCACCCGAUGGUUCGCAUUUUAGAUACAGUGGGAUACCGUAUGCAGUUGCGCCGAAAAGGUUUGCGGCUCCUAGACCAGAACCAACAUGGCGAGGUGUGUUCGAAGCUACAGAAGAACAUAUCCGAUGUCCGCAGAGAAUCGGCAAGUCUUUAUUAGUGGGACAAGAAGACUGCCUGACUCUAAAUGUGUACACGCCUAUAACACAACAAAAAUCCCUACCUGUCAUGGUUUUCAUCCACGGAGGUGGCUUCUACGAUGGGUCCGGAACAGCAUCCAUUUUCGGACCACAUCACCUCGUAUCUCAUGAAAUUAUUCUAGUCACAAUUAAUUAUAGAUUAAAUAUACAGGGGUUUGCGUGUCUGGGGAUUAAAGAUGCUCCUGGAAAUGCUGGAAUGAAAGAUCAGGUAGCUGCAUUGAGAUGGGUAAAUAAAAAUAUCAAAGCCUUUGGAGGAGAUCCGGAUAAUGUAACAAUAUUUGGAGAAAGCGCUGGAGCCGGGUCUGUAUCCCUACAUAUUCUAUCUCCUAUGUCUAAGGGUUUGUUCCACAAAGCUAUAAUACAAAGCGGCUCGUCGACCGCACCCUGGUCCAUGCAAUUUAGGCCCUUAUUCAUGACAAGUUUGUUAACUAAAGUAAUGGGCUAUAAAACAGAAGAUGCGCAUGAGCUGUAUAAAAUUCUCAUGGAGAAAUCUGACGGAGAAUUGAUCAUAACGCGAGUGCCAAGAAAAGAAGGAAAUGUUAUUAUAAGCGAGUGUCUGUAUGUUCCGUGUAUUGAAAAGCAAAUAGAUGGUGAAGAACCAUUCUUGACUGAACUACCUCAUGAUAUAUUAAGGAAAGGAACUUAUAAUAAAGUGCCUAUUAUGAUCGGCUCCAAUAGUCACGAAGGAUACUUAUUUGCAGCAUUGGAAAAUGACACAACAAUACCCAAAAUUGAUUUUGAAAAGUCGCUGCCCAAAGAUUUAGUGAUACUAGAUAAAGAAACACGUGUAGAAGUAGCGAGAAAGUUACAGGAAUUUUACGUUAGAGGUGAAAAACCUUCGAGAGAAAAUAUUCUAGAAUGGGCAAGGUUCCAUGGUGAAAUAUAUUUUACCUAUCCAGUAUUAGAGGAAACUAUGCUGUAUUUGGAAACAAAUAGUGAACCAGUGUAUUCCUAUCUCUUCAAAUAUAGUGGGAAUAGGAAUUUUAUUAAAUUAUUAUCAGGGAAACCUUUCAGUACAGCUCCAGGAGCGACUCAUGCUGAUGAAUUAUUGUAUCUAUUCAGUCAGCAUUUCUUGGGGACAUUAUUUGAAAGCAAAAUGGUGGAUAGAAUGACCACAAUGUGGACGAAUUUUGCAAAGUAUGGCAAUCCAACGCCGAAACAAACAGAAUUAUUACCAUUACAAUGGCCGCCAACAACGAAGACAUCUUUACAUACUUUUGGUAUAGAUUCGGAACUUUCUAUUGAACCUUUAUGGAACCACGAAUCACUUAAAUAUAUAAGACAAAUCUAUUCGAAGUACAGGCGGAGAGAUACAAGGGAUUAGUGCAUUAGUUAAGACCUAUUCAGAUUAGAGCGGUAUCUUCUACCGCCGCGGCCGUGGGUAGCGGUAUAUAGCGGUAUACCGAUUUAAUAUCGCACGCGAUUAAAUAUCGUACCCAGUAUAUUAUAGAGACUCUAAUCGCGUGCCAUCGGGAUACCGCUACGCACGGCGGUAGCGGAUACCGCUUUAAUUCAUUUUAAAGCAAAAUACUUUAUAAUUAUCUUACAAGUAUAUAUAGUAGGAAUAAUAAUCUGGUUAGUAGCGGUUUAGGAUAGUAAAAAUCGUGACUAUUAGAGACGCGAUAAAAUAUAAUUCUGUAUUUAUACAUUGUUUACAUAAUAAUUAGUUCAAUUGGUGAAUAAAAGUGUUUUAU